GGGUGUGCAGUCGUAAGUACGACUCAGAGGAGCCAGGAAGUAACUUCGAGCUGAGCUGCGCAGAGAGACGGUUACGGGGAAAAAACGCGGAGAGCCAGCAUCGUUGUUGAAGGAGGACGGGCGCACACGCUGGACGUGAGGGGUAGCCUAGCCAGGCACCAAACCGACCCGACACUCUCUCGGACUGGGGGGCUGAGCGCGGCGCCCCGCUGGAACCCCUCACACAGAGCGGACUGUACCUUACCUCACACGAGAGGAAGGAAGAAAGUUUAGAAGCGGGAUCUGGGAGAGUUGCAAAGCUUUCUCUGGCGCUCGAAUCGGUUUUCUUUUCCUCUCAUUUUUUUGGGGGGGGUGAAUAAUUGUAAAGAUGCCCCGAGUGGUCCCCGAUCAGAGGAGCAAGUUUGAAAACGAGGAGUUCUUCAGGAAACUGAGCCGGGAGUGCGAGAUCAAGUACACCGGCUUCCGAGACCGGCCCCACGAGGAGAGGCAAGCGCGUUUCCAGAACGCCUGUCGGGAUGGGCGUUCAGAAAUAGCUUUUGUGGCGACAGGAACCAACCUCUCCCUGCAGUUCUUCCCGGCGAACCUGCACGGAGACCAGCGACAGGCUCCCAGCCGGGAGUACGUGGACUUCGAGCGCGAGACCGGGAAGGUGUACCUGAAGGCCCCCAUGAUCCUGAACGGCGUGUGUGUCAUCUGGAGGGGCUGGAUCGACCUGCAGCGUCUGGAUGGGAUGGGCUGUCUGGAGUUCGACGAGGAGAGGGCUCAGCAAGAGGACGCCCUGGCCCAGCAGGCCUUCGAGGAGGCGCGGAGGAGGACCCGGGACUUCGAGGACAGGGACCGCUCUCACCGAGAGGACAUGGAGGCGCGGCGGCAGCAGGACCCCAGCCCCGGCUCCAACAUGGGCGGCGGCGAAGACAGGACCUUGCGCUAAGCGCCCCCUGCUGUCCGGCUGUGAGAAUGCAGGCGUUUCGGCCGGCUUUCAACUCGCCAGCGUCUGAGUGGAACAGGAGACCAAAGUCCAGGGGGCUGGAGGGGUGUUGCUGGUCCUUUGUCUGGCCGGGGGGGGGGGAGGGAGGGGGCAGGCUGGCUGAGACCUCUCCCCCAGGGGUUUGCACUAUGUUUUAAGUUAUAUUACCCACCAAUUUUCUAUCGUAUGCAUGGAGCUUGUAACACCUCUUCUGCAGGUUUUUUAAAAUUCUUUUGUUUCUUAUGCAAGCUUAUUAUUUUAAGCAUUAUUUUAAUAAUGGCAUUUGAUUAUUUUUUAUUAACAGUUUGUGUGACAAGUCAGGAUGUUUACUUUUUCUUUGUUUUAUAUAUAUAUAUGUAGGUCAAAAAUUGUUCCUGGUUUAUUGCGGGAUUUCCGUGAAAAGAAAAAAAAUCAGUUUUUAAAGAAAAAGGAAGAAAAAUAACCUGCUGGUGAAGAACACUUCCUUGUGUUUUCUGAGUUUUUCACUUCUCGCGCUCUGUCUCCUUUUGCUGUCUGACUGAAGCGUGUGUGAAAAUGCUUAAAGCAGAAACAGCAGCACAGAUCCACAUUAGUCACUGUAGCUCAGAGCAUGCUCAUUGCAAGACAAGUUCACCCCCUUCUCCUUUCUGGAGAGGCCUCACUCACUGUUCAACUGAUCUGUCUUUAAUCGCUCUGUGGAAUCAGUGUUCGUGCGCACAGUGGCAGUGGAUUUUUAAAAAUCAAAAAUGUUGCAUUUCUGGCAUUCCCAGCCCUGUUUAAAACUUUAAAGGAUCAAGGAUUUAGCACAAAGACCCUUUGGAUACAUUUGAAAAAUGCACAGUAUUUGGAAAUCUGUAUACCGAAUAAUUAGAGCUGGAAUUUGGAAACUAAACUGCUGAAAACAAAGGUAUAGCUUUAUUAAAUGUAGGUCAGCUCCUGUCUCUCAUGUUGGAGAUCUUGCCAAACUCUCGCGAGGCAUGGAGGAGAGAGUAAGGCUGACAUUCAGGAAGGGGAGAUAACUGCUUAUUCAGCUGGAAUUACAUUAAAGCCAAGCUGCACAGAGGCCACACCAGGAGAAAACUGAGCAAGCUGAGCAGCUUUGUAAAGGUCCAAGCUCCCCCUCAGUAAAGCUGCCAGGGGUGCUAAGAGUCGAGUUGACAGGGAUCGGGUGAAAAUGUCCAGCCUUCUUAGCCAACGGUUGCAUUGUAUCGUGUUUUGUGGCUUUUGCAAAGGCUUCCAAUUUAAAAUGUUAUUUUGGAGCGAGGCCCUUGGAGAUCGGCAGCAGGGGAUGGUUUCUGUAUUUUAAGGGAGGGGACUGUGAUGUAAUGUUGGAAGGAGCCACGAACGUGCUUGUGAGGGGGAUGGGGGAGAGGGGGCGAGGGGGGGAGCGCAGGACCGGCGUGCAGGAGGAAAGGCAGGGGGAGAUGGGUUGUGCGCCUGCGGAGUCCUCACCGUGCUUCUUUAGCACUGUUUUUACUUGCAGGGCUCUGACAGCAAAGACCCACAGGACUGGGUCUUGUUAGCAGCACAGCGCGUUUCUCUCGCAGCCUGUCCUUCUGUGUCUUUUUCUAUGGAUUUCAAACCAUAAUCUGGAAACGCCUGCGUCUUUUUUAAACUCCAUUUAACGGACAGUCUGGGUCCGAUUUAUAUUCAACCCACAAACCAAACUGUUGUUUUUUGCAAUAGUGCUGUAGCAUAUAUUAUACACCAGAACUGUUUAUGCAACCUACCUCCAGCUACUACCAAAAAGCGGAUUUGGGUUUUAUUAUUUGGGUGUUUUUGCUGGUUGGUGUUUUUUUGUUGGAACGUGAAGAGCAGGCCUGGCUGAAGAGAGCCUGGGUUGACCUCUGACCUCUCCCAUCAGUGAUUGCUGACAUGCCUGUGCUCUGCCCAUGUCCCGUCUUAGUGCUGGCAUUAAGAUGAGGGUUCACUCCCUGCUGGUUAGCUUUCUUCUUUCCUUUUUUAUUUUUUAUUUACUUAAUUCUGUUAAGUUAUUGACACAAGUGGAGCCUUGUUUUCCAUUCCUGGAAUGAAGAAGUGGCAACUUGUUGUUUGUCCUUCAGGAGUUGCCUUAAGUGAUGAAAUUGCUUUUGCUGUCUUUUUUUGUUCUUGUAUUAUUACAUCUGAAGUGUUUAAUGUUUGUUUUUCCUUUUUUCUUAAUAAA